AUGUUUGACCAGAUGGUGAAGCUCGCAGCGCUGGCAUUUCUCCCGAUUUCGUUGGGGUGCAGCUACGUGGAGAUUCCCUAUCCAGACACUGGAAGGAACUCUGCAAAGUCCUACCUCAUUCCCAGGACCAUGGAGCUUUGGGAUUUGUUCAACACCACCAAGUACAGCAUCGAAGCAUUCCCGCGAGGAAAUGGAAACAGAUUUGGCUGGCUUGCGCCCCUGAACAUCUUCCACUUUCCACCGGCCUACCAGCCUCUGAAGUUUCCUUUCGAGGGCAUGAACGAGGCGGGCCUGACGGUCUCCGCGCUCUAUCUGGCACAGUCUGUCUAUGAGCAGCCGCAGCCAGGAAAGCCGGGGUUCAGUGCCUUGGAGUUUGUCCCCGCCAUCCUCGCGAACUGCUCCACCGUCGACGAGGUCGUGGCAACGCUCGAGUCGGUGACGGUUCUGACUCCGUUCAUCCCAGGUGUCCCGGAGGAGGCGCUCAAGACGGCCACCUUGCAUUGGGCGAUUGCUGACGCUUCUGGGCGGUCAAUCGUCGUCGAAUACCUCCAAGGCCAACGGAUGAUUCAUGAGAACGCUCCGAGAGUCAUGACGAACGACCCAGACAUCAAGUGGCACUGGAGGAACUUGAACACCCGCGUCCACCUGAGCCCAAGCUAUCCGUAUCAGAAUGACAUGCUGCAAGUGAAGGCGGACGACGAUGUGGGCGUCGUCCCGCGCCCCAUCGGCCACGGCUGGAACCUCGUCGGGCUUCCUGGGGACACGACUUCACCAAGCCGCUUCAUCCGAUUGUUCUAUCUGCGCGGCUACGCCAUGGAAGCUAGCCCCAUCAAGAGCUUCGAGGACGCUGUCGUCUUAGGAACCGCCCUUCUCAACAACGUGUUCAUCCCAUUCGGCCCCGUCGCCGCUGAUCCCAGAGCGGGGCCCAGCGACGGCCCCGAGUUCACGGACUACGGCGUCCUGAAAGCCCCCAAGGAAAGAGUGUAUCUGAUCCGAGGCUAUCGGAACACACAGUGGCGGAAAUUUGACCUCAAGCGCCUGGACUUCUCCAAAGGCUACACCUGGCCUCUUGAGGACGGCUCGCUGGGUAUACAGGACGCCACCGAUUCAGGCGAGAGCACUCCUUCGCAAGCCGGGGAGCUCUGA